GUUCCGUACCUUUACUUAUUUUCGCACCUUUUCUUUUUUUCUUUUGGUUACGAUCUCUCUCUCAUGCCUCGAAAGAAAUAAGAAGAAAAAUAAACGAAAUCUAAUAAAUGAUGAUGUUGUUUGACUAGAAGAACUGGGUGCAAUUUACUAAAAAAACCCUUUUCUAAGUUUUCUUUUCCGGCCAUCAACUAAAAUAAUAUGGAAAUUGAAGGCAGAGAAAAUUGUCAGUAAACUAAUAAAAAAGGCAAGGACGUUGAUGAGAGAGACUGCGAGAGAGAGAGAGAGAGUGAGAGAGUGAGAUGGGUUUAAUAGAGAGAGUUCAUUAAAAUAAUACUAAAAGGUUUUGUUUAUUAGUUUGGGUCGUGCUUUAAAGAGGAGGAGCCGAAAAGCGGGAGAGAGUGAGGGAGAAAGAGAGAGAGAGAGUGUUGUUGUUUUCUUUUUUCCCUUUUUGUUUUGUUUUGGUAACCAAAGAAUCGCCGGAACAAAAAGAAGAAGAAGAAUGCGAAGAAGAAGAUGGACAACAACAAGAGCAUUGGCGUGAACGAGCAAGUUCUCGAGAAGCAAAUCGGCGGUUGCAUGGCCGGCUUCUUCAACAUCUUUGAUCGGCCUCAUCUCCUCUCUCCCAAGCGUCUCUCCUCCUCCUCCUCCUCCUCUUCCUCUCCGCCGAGCCCUGAAUCUUACUCCGCCUCCGAGAGGAGUUCCCCUCUUGUUGUUAAAUCGAGAUAUCAGAAGAACAAGAGUGUCUAUUCUACCCCUGACCUGCUCCUCUCUCCGUCGUCCCCUGAUUCCCCUCAUCUUCUCACCAGAUCCCCGCCGCUCCCUCCCCCCGAUCAAGUUCAUGGACGAUCUCCUUCUUCUUCUUCCUCUCCCUGGAGGUUCUCUAAAGAAGCUCCUCGCCUCUCCCUCGAUAGCAGAGCCGUCCUCGAUGCCAAAGGUACCCUCAAACCCAGACCGGCCCCACCCGACUCCUCCCCCAGCGUCAUCGCACGCCUCAUGGGAUUAGAGCCAUUGCCCCAACUACCUCUCCAGAGAUCUGCUUCCGAGUCCAGGCUCUCCAGAGGCUACACUUUUUUCGACUUCCAUGAUGUCAACAAGGCUCCUGAAGAUCCCCCGCCUCCCUCCUCUGCUGUACGCCGUAAGCCUUUCUUCGAUUCCGGUGAUUUCUUCCCUUCGGACAGAGCCUCCAAAAUCAGCGCUCCCCCAAACGAUCUCGAAACCUUGAAGCAACUUCUCCAAGCUCUCAGGCUCAAAGGACUCUUGCACUCUUCUAGUUCUAACAAACAUCAUCACACCCGAAUCCACAACCACGUGAAUGAUGUAUCUGCUAGGUCCCCCUCUCACUCUGCCAUCAGAUCUAGACCCCGCACACCGAGCCCCAGGCGGGAUCAGGCCAGCAAAGCAAGCGUCAAGAGUCCGACGACGCUCAAGGAGCAGAGGAGAGUCUCUCCCCUCCCUUGGCAGAGACCCCAACCUCUCCAAACGGGACGCUCCAUGUCUUCUCCCAGGAGUAUUGUAUGUUCCCAAGAGAUGUGGAAGGUUGACGAUUAUAACAGACAAGGCAAAACUUUAUUGGAGAGAUGCGACAAGCUGCUCCACAGCAUAGCCGAGAUGGCGGCUGCUGAAGCCGCAGACGACUCACAGCCGAGCCCCGUCUCGGUUCUUGACGCAUCACUAUACCACGAGGACUCUUCCCCAUCCCCCGUCAUGAAACGCAGCCUUGCUUUCACUGCUGAAUCGGAAGACGAAUCUUGGGGUGGCUCCAUCUCAUCAUCGUCAGACUCUGAAUAUGUAUACAUCUCCGAUAUCCUGCGAGCUUCCCAUUGCCUUCCACAGGAGUCCGACAUCUUCUCCCUGCUGGAAAAGCAGCAAUACCUCAAAGGAAAAUGCGCCUCCAGAGCCGCAGCUCAGGAAAGACGGCUCAUCUUCGACGCAGUGCAAGAGAUUGUUGGGCGGAGAUGCAGGUUGCCACCGUGGAUGAUGGUGGCAGAGGCUGAUAAGAUGCAAGUCAUCUGGUCCGAGUAUCAGAAGAUAAGAAAGACAAAAUCGUCCACAGAGGCAGAGGAAGAUGACCUCGUGGGAUACGUGUGCGGUGUCCUUGGAAGAGAUCUAUCAGAGGACCGGUGGCGAGAUCGUCAGCUGGACAUGUCAGAAGCGGUUCUUGACAUCGAACGCCUCGUAUUCAAAGAUCUCAUUGGUGAAACCAUACGCCAUUUGGCUUUUCUUAACAGGUCUUCUGACUCGCUGCGUAGGAGGCUGCUCUUCUGAUACAAACUAGGCUUAAAUCUCUGACCAGACCACAAAUGUCUGAAACAGAACCCCCACCUCCUACCAUGUCAGUCCAACGAAAACAUGAGAGAGUGAUGAUGGGUCUUAAUUUGUGCUUCUUUUUAUGUUUUUUUUUUGGGUUUUUUUUUAGUAUAUUAUCAAUUGAUAUGUGUGAAAGUUAAUGGUGAUUUAUCCAUCAUCCGUGCAUCAUACAUACUUGCGACUACAAGACAAACCAUACACUGAAUGCUAAAGGCCACAAUCAUUUUUUC